GGACCGACACGCGGAAGUGCAGCGAGCAGUUGCGGGCUAGCCACCGCCAUUAACAACAAGAACAAGAAGAGGAGGAGAAGAUCAGGAACAAGAAGCCGUCCGUGUUUUCGAGCUCGCUGGGUCGCUCGCGGAUGCCAUGGCGGCACCGGCCCAGCUCAAAGCAGUCCAGCACCACUUGCGCACCGCCCAAGAACACGAGAAGCGCGACCCUGUGGUGGCCUACUACUGCCGGCUGUACGCCAUGCAGACGGGGAUGAAGCUGGACAGCAAAACGCCGGAGUGCCGCAAGUUCCUCGUCAAGCUGAUGGACCAGCUGGAGUCGAUGAAGACGGAGCUGAGCGACAACGACUCCAUCACGCAGGAGGUGGUGGGCAACGCCCACAUCGAAAACUACGCCCUCAAGAUGUUCCUCUACGCCGACAACGAGGACCGAGCGGGACGAUUCCACAAGAACAUGAUCAAAUCCUUCUACACGGCCAGUCUGCUGCUGGACGUCCUCUCCGUCUUCGGGGAGCUGUCUGACGAGAACAUGCAGCACAGGAAGUACGCCCGCUGGAAGGCGGCGUACAUCCACAACUGCCUGAAGAGCGGCGAGACGCCCGAGGCCGGACCCACCGGCGUGGACCUGGACCAGGAAGCGGACGAAGACGAAGGCUUCUCGGGCAACGCGCUCUCCCAGGGCGGCUCCUUCCGGGGCGAGGGCGCGGGCGGGGCCACGGCGCCGGGCAUCGGCUUCGUCGGCGGAUCUGGGCCUUCCGGACCGCCCUCCAACCCGAGCGAAGUCCACGUCCCCCCCGGAGCGCACGCCCCGGCCAACACGCCGGCAGACUCCGCCAAGCCGGUGCCGAUGCCCAGGACCGCGGCCGCCGUCGAGCCCGACCUCUCCAGCGGCCAGCGCCAAGGUGACGUCCGCCUCUCGGCCGACGACUUCACCAAGGCCCAGAAGUACUGCAAGUACGCCGGCAGCGCCCUCCAGUACGAGGACGUGCCCACGGCCGUCCACAACCUCCAGAUGGCUCUCAAGCUUCUCACCACCGGAAAAGAAUGACACCUUUGUCUCCCCCCCCCCCCCCGUCUAUCCGCGCCAUCUCAUCAGCCACCGGCUGGCCGCCAGCAGCUUUGACGGAGAACAGGGCCUGACAAUGGGCGCCUGUGUGCGCCCGCUGUGAGUCUUUCUGACAAACGGCCGCCAAACGGGGCUUCCCGCCACAGGGGGCGCCGCGCUCCUCUCGUUUUGUCAACACGCUUGCGCGUUGUCUAAUUGCGCAAGGCGCAAGCGUGAUGUCGGCGGCCGCGCGCUUGUUGUCCUUCUUGCCAGCCCGAUGAGUUGUUUGGAACAGAUGUUGCUGUGAUGAAGUUCCGAAUACAUCCCAUUAAAUUGUUUGCACUUGU